GUUUGGCGACCGUCAAUCCGCAAACAACCAGUGUAAGCAACAGCGAAGAAGAAGAAUAAGAAAAACAAGCGAAGAAGAAACGAAAACGAGAGGUCGCCUGAGUUGUUUUCGCAGCUCGUGUUACGUUGCGUCAGGAGAAAUAGGAGAAGAGUCGCUGCCGUGUCGCCAUGCCGAAAAGGAAAGUGAGGUUUGAGGACGGGGACGGGGAGAUCGAAGUGGAAGAAGAGCUGCCGAGCAAGAAGACUUGUGAAGUCGUCAAUGGACCAGGCUCCAGAUUCAAGGGUAAACAUUCCCUUGAUAGCGAUGAGGAGGAUGAAGGGGAAGACAAAGACACCAGCAAAUAUGACAUUCUGGACACCGAUGAUGUGGACGGGCAAGAGGGAGCAACGAUUGACUAUGACGAGGGAGUUUCUAUUACACCCUUCAACCUGGACGAGGAGAUGCAGGAAGGACACUUCGACUCGGAGGGAAAUUAUUUCGUCAAAAAGGAAGAACAGAUCAGAGACAACUGGCUCGACAACAUUGACUGGGUGAGAGUGAAAGAACAACCUUUCAAGCCAAAAAAGAAAGGUCUUGGAGCCAAGCGUAAACGCAGAGUCGGUGAUGAGGAUGAGGCGGAGGAAGAGAAAAAGAGAGAGGAGCAGCAGGCGGACGGAAAAAACGAGAAAGAGGAGGAGGAGGAGGAGAUGGAGCCUGCCGAGGACCCGCUGGCGUCCUACACUCAGCACCAGCUCACAGAGGCUGUGGUUGAACUGAUGCUUCCCGGGGAGACAGUUGCCAAAGCUCUCCGACGGCUGGGAGGCCUCGGAGGACGAAAAAAGGGAAAGCUGAGGGAAGAGAGUGAACCCACAGAGGAGAAUAAAAGAGAUGCAGAAAAGCUUGAUAAGCUCACAGCGCUGGCUGACAGACUGGUCGGAUCUGGGAUGUUUGAGAUCUAUCAGCAAACCUAUGAAAAACUGGCUUAUCUGAUGAAGAGCAUGGGCAGCAAGAAACCAGCCCUGGGGAAGAAAUCCCGCGGCGAUGAUAAAGAAGAUGAUGAUGAACUUGACAUGUUUGCAGACACGUUUGAUGAGACGCACGGUCGCAAAUCAGAGGAUAAAGAGGAGGAAGUGAGGGACGAGGUGAUGUGGGAGUACAGAUGGGAAAAUGAGGAUAGUUCCGAAGUCUACGGCCCCUUCAACAGUCAGCAGAUGCAGGGUUGGGUGGACGAAGGCUAUUUCAGCAGUGGCGUGUACUGCAGGAAGUUGGACAACGAGGGGUCACAGUGGUACAACUCCAAGAGACUGGACUUUGAACUCUACACAUGAUUCACGUCCAGUAUCAAACGAUCACAACUGUCAUCUCAGUGUCAAUGUUACGCCCUGAAUCUUUUCUGCACGCCUUUCGUCCGGGGCUGUGGUGUCAGAUCUAUUCAUUUACAAUGUUUUUAAAUAAAUUACUCAUGUAUGUGGUGUCACUAUCA